GAGGACAGUAAUGGAUCUUCCUACAGGAUUCUACAUGAAGUAGAGUCAAAUUUCAUAGCACUCUUCCAGCUAAAUACCAACCACAAGAAUUGUUUCCUUUAGUUUGAACGGUAUUAUCUUUAACUUGCAAGUACUAUCUAUAUGCUAUUGACUACCUUCUAUACAAGACAAGGAAGGAUACCGCCAAUCAAAUAAUGAAAUCUCUGGGAUUUGAAAACAUUAUUACUUUGGUUCUAUGUAUUGUCUGUAAAACGAAAGGAGAUGUGUCCUUUCAGACUUUUGUCCUAUCGACAUCACCAUCUACCUCCUUCCCUGUCUUGAAAACCACAUCUGCUUUGGAAGAAAGAGAAGAGACCACUGAAGCGAAUCCUCACAUGGUGCAGCCUGAAGUGCAAACAACACAGCUUUCAGACCUCAGCCCAGAGCUGCCAAGGAUUACUUUGUCUCCUAUUUCACAUCAUCCUGAGACUUCAGCAUUGCCUCAGCUACCUGAAAAUUCUCAUGCAGAAAUUUCUGACGCCAGUAAAGAAUCUAAUGACAUUUUUACUGAUGAUGACCAAUUUUCCAACCUAAGUGAAGGAACUAUAGCACCAGAAGUGGAAAAUACCGUUCCAGAUCUCUCAACAACCACACCAGAUCCGUCUGUAACUGAGUCACAAGUCACACCUUAUGAGGAAAUCGAGGCUGAUGUAUUAUUAGAGGAAACAUCAGAAGAGCUUGGAGGCAAACAAAGACGUUUGGGGCUAGAACCAUGGAAAAUUGGUGUUAUCUCUGUUGGUGUUUUCUUGGCAAUAGAGGCUGUAGUGCUUGCUGUCUAUUGCUUACUAUGCAGAAAACGAAGGAGAGUUGUAAUAGUCAAGAGUUGUGAGCAAGACAGUGAAGCCGGUGAAACAAUCAAUGUGGAAUCCAAUGACAAUACAGUAAUAGGAGUAGAAGGAACAAUUAGUGGAACACCUAGUCAAAAUGCAGGGGACAGCAGCAGACCCAGUGAGCAUCAGGAAGAUCAUCAACAAAGAGGGGACAUGCCAGGCAGGAUGCCAGACAAUAAAUCUACAACCGUUUAAAAAAAAAUAUAGCAAUUUUAUGAUUAACCAUACAAAACACAAUA